UAGAAACUUCAAGUUCAUUUUACAAAUUCGCGUCGUUGCCAGACGGGUCGGGCAUGACGAGGAAAAGAAAAUGAAACCGAGAUCUCUUGCAGUAACGAAAAACGUGUUUUGCGGAGGUUGUUCGAGGAAGAAUUGCCUCGCAUAUCUCGUCUAGAUGGGUUCUCGCAGCAAACCGUGGCCUCGGAAUCUGCCCUGUGCAAUGCAAAAAAGUGAAUGGAAGUUCUUCAGCUUGAUAUGAUACUGAGCAGUGUCUAGCACUUCGUGCGAGCGUAUGGAGAUCCGGUGCAGAUCCUAUGUAUUGCCAACAUUUUGGUAGAAAUAGAAAAAUCAAAGAUGUGUCUCCCUCGAUUCUCGUGGUUGCAGUUGCUGGGCUUUGCUUUCUGUGGAAUGCUUUCGAGCAGCGGUUGAAGCUUGCCGUGCAGCAGAAGGUUAACGAACCAAGGCACUGGGAGGAGUCGUUCGCUCUGGGACAGUUCCGGUUGACGUACCGAAGAAACUACGGGACCGCAUUGCUUUCGGCACAGUAUGCAAACGCAUUGCACGCUUCGGUCCUCGCUGGGAUCAUUUCUAUUCCACUGCUAAUGCAGUUUUGUCCGGCUCCGGCCCUGCAACACUUCUCCUUCCUGCGAAACAUUCUCCGUGUCCAAAACAGUAAGAAUUGUUCUUGCACGACGAGGACUAGAAGCGACUGGACGAGGUUCUUUCUGCCGCUUGUCUUUUUCUGCGCAGGGAGUUCGAGCAAUUUGCUUGAUCGCGCAACGCGCGGCUACGUGGUGGAUUACGUGGAAGUUGUUUGUCUUGGAUACGCUUUUAACUUGUCGGACGCCAUGGUUUCAGUGGCAGCGCUAUUUGUCUGCCAUGCGAUCUGUGCGUCUUGAUGGGGAAAAACAAUUAAAUCCAAAGACACGAUUGAUAU